UAGUCGUUCCUUAAAUAGAAAAACUUUAUUCUGCAUCAAUUGAUGUUUCGAUUUUCGUCGGUAACACGUACAAAGACGUAAUUCCGUUUAAGAUGCAGCCGUUUACGUAACAGACCGAUGUUGGGCACGAUGGACAACGUGGGACUUUCCAGAAGAAACGAUAAUUCUCUGCCGACGGUCGAAAUUAUAGAAAGGGUUUUUCAGUCGAAUAUGGUCCCGAUGGUAAUUAAAACCGAAGAAAAGCAGCAUAAGGAAGAAAAACUCGUCGAAGAGGACGAAGACUGUGAUUGUCUGGAAUGUGUGAUAAGUCCCACCACCGAUGUAUUGAUAUUAUUCGGUAUGGAUUUUUCUCACAGUCACAAAGGCAAAAAUAAACCGACUCGGCAGGUCUUGAGGGGAUGCGUCAUGUUUUUCGUUCUACUUCAUCUCAUGGCUUUCAUCAGGUCUUUUACCGGAGCCGUCCUCAAGCCCGAAUUUAUGACCUAUUUAAACACCACGCCUACUUUUAGCAAUUUCGGAAAGCAGAUUAUUACAGCUUAUUGCGGAUGGUCGUUCUUCGUUCUCAUCUCCAUUUGCAUCUUCGCCGUGUCAGACAACAAGACCAGCGUCAGAUUAUUUACCAGAUUAUCAGACGAAACCGGUUCUCCCGAAAAUGACGAAAGCCUUAAGGUAAAAUUACUUUAUCUUCAAAAUAAAUUAACUUGCAUCCUUUUGCCCGCCACCGUUAUCUUAAGCGGUAUCGUCAGUGUUUUGGGACUAAUGUCGCUUAUUCCGACAUUCCAAAAGCUGAACGAAAUGAAUGUCGACUUUAUGACGGCGCUUUAUUUAUUCUCCCUGGCUUGUCUGAUUCAGGAAAUGACCCACAGUAUUGGACUGAUUGCCUUUACCGUACAGUUGUUCCUCUUGAUGUUGCUGGCCGUUAGACAAGAAUCUGCCGAACUGUGCGAAGAAUUGGCCAAGUUUGCCGAACUCCGAAUCGACACUUUAGAUUUUCGGUUGGUCCAACGCGAUUGCCAUAAUUUGAGUAGAAUGGCUUAUGCCGUAGAUCAGUUGUUUUCGGUGGUCUUCAGUUUAGCUUCUAUCGCAUUUUUAAUCAUAUUCACUUACAUGCUACGCACCAUCAUUUUUGCUAAUACCUUCAACCGAAUGUUCACGUUUAUAACCUUGGUAUUUUUGUUUAUGCUGGUGACUUUAUGGCUAAUAAUGGCCAUGCUGUCAACGGCCGUUCAGAAACCGUACAAGCAACUGUGUAGAAUUAGCUGCAUUAAUAAAUUAAGUAUUCAAGAUAUGGAAAGACUGCUGUAUUUGAUGAAUAGAAUUGGCGGUCCACCAGUAGGUAUUACGUUGAUGAAAAUUUCGGUGGUGACGAAACCCACAGUACUAAAGGUUUUCAGUUUAGUUGUAUCGAUAUUUGUGUUUCUGUUACAAUGGAGGCAAUUAUCUGUUUCCGAUAAUUCCGUCGAAAUAACUCCCAGCUUAGAAGAUUUUGAAGACCUAGAAUAAUAGAAAAUAAGAAUUCACCAUAACUAAAUGUUUUAUUAUUAAAUUAUUUAAUUAAUUUAAUAAAAUCAACAAUAUAA